AUGGCUCAUAAUUCAGAUAAAUUACCUUGGGAGGGCCUCGCCUCAGCUUUUGAGCUGAGACGCACCAAUCCUUGUCAACAUGGCGCUAACAACCUCCACGCACGUGGAACACAACGAGACAGCCAAACAGAAGUUGCCAAAUUUGUUCAAACAUUCAUGCGAAGAAUAGCUGAAGAUGCAGCCCAACAACGCAAACAGUACCCCGAGAAAUAUGAGGCACCCGAUGAGAAUGAAGUCAUCAUUUCAAACGAAGCAGCAGCCAGGAUUGAACCAGCAGUUCGUCGUUGGCAUCCAGAAGAAUAUUGGCCCGAUGGGGAUGGCGAUCUCGAGACUUUCAAGCAACCUACUACUGGAAAGUUAUGCCCUCAUACGGACGAAUCCGCCGAGUGCGGGUGUGUCUUAGCUUUUAGAGAGCGCCGGAUGUCUGCGUUCCAGCGUCAGCAAAUCCAGAACGACUGUUAUGAGUUCAUGAAAUACAAAGAAUCAUUUCAUAACCUUGAAGUCGUUAAGACCUUGAUUCUUCACGGAGAAAUGGACCCCAUACUUCGGUCAUGUGCAUACGAAGAGUGUCAGCUUGCGAAAUGGUGGGAGCAUAGAGAAUGCCAAUGUACUUCAGCAACUCUCGGAUGGAGAAGGAUUUACGAAUAUGGAAUCAAGAUGUACUUUGUACUCAAUAUCUUGUACUGUUUUCCAGAGACGUGGGAAAGCGACGGAUCCCCUAUUGACGAUUAUCGCAACAUGAAAGCAUACCAGCAGGCCAUCCGAUCGAGUACGGAAUGUGGUCAUAGAAGCGAGAUUCCGACAUACCCUCAUCUGGACUUUUUUGGCAUUGAAACGGACCAGUUUAGGUGUUACCCUCAGCCUUUUGAUGUCCCUCGUUGGAGGCAUAUUAUGACGUUCGACAAAUGGGGCUUUGAACGUUACCAAAGGGGUUUAUACUGGUUCGAUGGCUCUGGUGAUGAGGCGGAUGUCAAGUCUGGCGACGACGCUAGCACCAAGCUGGAAAAAGAGUCCAGCACGGGUGGUGACUCUGAAGAUGAUUCCAGUGAUGAUUCUGAAGAGGAAGAUCCCGAAGAGGUUAGAAAUCGCUUCCAUACGCUGGAGUUCUAUCCGUACGGCCUUAUGUCCUAUGAAGACUUCCUCAACUUCGAAAAGCCAAUGGAUUUCCAACCUGUUCCAUCAGAUAUACCACAUGUUCGAUGGAUUCUGUGCCAGAAAGGUCUACCAGUCGAGCUAUCUGAUUGUAUUCUUGAAUAUGCAGAUUACGCGCCGAGAGGAAGUCUACCUGUCCCUGGGAAACCAUCACAUCCCCAAUGCAGACAGGAACUAGACCGUUAUCUCGAACAUUGCUGGCAACUGAUUGUCAGAUGCUACAUGCUAGGUCAUGAGCUUAAUGGCAGGGACGGGAUGAAUAUCGAUGUUUUUUUACUGGAUGAGGUGAAAGAUUGCUUGGUGGAGCUAUUCAAGUGUAAAUGCGAUGCCUUUCCCGAUGAGAUAGUGCAGCAAAUAUUUGCUGAAUUAGAAGAUCAACUGCCUCUAGAAAAAUGGCAGAUGUAUGGAGAUCAAUUGGACCAUCAAGGCUCGGCCACGCUACGCAACCUCUGCCUGGUCUGUCGCCAAUUCCGACGUAUUGCACAACCUUUGCUAUACCAAACCGUUAUAAUUGAAGGUCGCGAUGGCGCGAAAAACAUCGAGACUCUUCUUCUUAGAGCGCUCGUCGAGAACCCGCAGCUCGGAGAGCAAGUUCGCACCGUCUCUCUAACGAACAAUAUUGAUCAUUCAGCCCAAAUGGAUAUAUUGGGGGAAGAUGCAAGUAAAGAGAUCAUUCGCAUAUAUGCCUCAUGUGCAGGUUGUCGAUUGCACUACAGAAGGCCUAUCAACCCCACUCUCUUGGCUGUUGAUGUCUUUUUUAAUGACGAAGAUGAGGAUGGAGACAAUGAAGACCAAGACGAAUACCAGAGCAUUUCGAAGGCUACAUUUGCAAGCUAUUGUUUUCCAAACCUCACCGAGGUUCGUAUUAAGGCGGUGGACGAUGGAAAUGGCAUCCAGGGCGCUUGGGUGAUCGAGUCUCUACUUCUCAAUCCUUCACUCAAAAUACUACCGACAUUCGGCACCGCCUGGUAUGGUGUGGAACUCUCCGACUUUGUGUGGUCUACGCACAAGAACUACAACCUGGAGUAUUUAGACCUUGUGGAAACAUACAUUGACGCCGAAGGACUAAGGACAAUUCUCACGCGCUGUCCGAACCUGAAGGGAAUAGCGUUAAGGUUGCCCGACGAGGACAGGGAGUUGUUGAAACAAUACGACAGGGACGACGGUAGUCUGGGCGAUGAUUGCAUCAUCAACUUCAAUGACUUUGGGGAUGUCCUUCGAAAAUUUGGUCAAAACCUGGAAGAGUUCAAUUUCAACACUUUCUUUUAUGACAGCUAUAGCACAGACUAUCGAUGUCGAGGCCCAAUUGAAGGAAUAAUUGGUUCCCUCCGAGAGCUCAAGUCCCUCCGACACCUCAAACUCAGCAAAGAAGCAUUAAUCGGAGAGAGUGAGCCGCUCUUACGAUUGAGUGAGGUUCUACCGGAAUCAAUUGAGACUCUUUAUCUGCAUUGUGGUAAAGUUUACGAGUUAGAGGAUUGGGUCGAAUUUGAACGUGAGCUGUAUAACCAGGACGUUUACAAACUGCUUCUCGAUGGUAUGCCUAAUCUCCGCGAGAUUCGGGUGGAGAGAUACGAUGAUUGGGAUGAUUUUGGUCAGUAUAAUUCAGAUCUUGAUGAUGUUUCAUAUUUUGAUGCUGAUGAUUCAGAAGAUUAUGUUAAACCAGAGGAGUUAGAUUACUUUCGGAGUGAAUAUAGCUAUCCGAAGGAGGCCGAGUGGCCAGCUGAGCUGCAUGUCGAUGGCUGGGAUGUGGACAUCGUCGAGGCGCGCCUUUAUGAGAUACGUGGAAGACCAGCAUGUAAGCGUAACAUUAUCACUCUGUCAAGGAAGAUAUGA